GUGGCGGCUCACGCCCACGCGCCGCUCGGUGGCUCCUGCGAGAACUUUGCUCGUGGCCGAAGUGGCGACGUAAAAUGGGACGGAAGCAGAGCUUUGUAGAAUAGCUCUCCCUCAUUCCAGCUCCACUGUGAACCCAAAAACCCUUUGCCUCAUUGGACAAAGGGAGUGUCAGUCAUGGAAAUUCUUUGUGACGUUGCCAUGCUUACCAAACACAGACUCCCCAGUGCUCCAGUGGAGACAUUCUAGAAGACCACAGGGAGGAGCUGAGAUGGCCUUCUUCAACUUAUACCUAAUGGGAUAUCAAAAUGCCUUUCGGAACAAAAAGAGGGACACAACUGAAGAGACAAACCAGAAGGAGCCAGUGAUUCCUAGGCUCCCUCCCAUCGUCUCAGAAGAUGGGAAUUAUCCUGUGCACCACAACAGCCACACUAAGUACCACGAAGCCGUACGGAAGGUGUGGUUGAAGACAUUCCCUAAUCAGGUCUACAGAGUCCCUCUGACUGAUGCUCAGAACUUCAGUUUCUGGCGGUCCCACGAUCCGGGAGUGCGCCCGGAGGAAGCCAUGCCGUGGAUCCGGAGCCCCUGCCACUGUCUCAUUAAGAGCCCGAUGACCAGGUUUAUGGACCACUGUAUUCUCAAUGACAGAACCUUUAGUCUAUACUGAAGACAUGGUCGCAGAAGGACAAGGUAGACUGCGGAAGGAGUGGAGUGUCAAGUGGGGAGAGUGGGUGGGGUGUCCCAAUUCAG